GUCUCCUCAUCACAACCCUCAACCUCGCCUCUCCUGAAUCUGUCUCAAACGUGAUAUACUGGAAGCCCUCUGCCUCUCUAUCUCCCAUGGACCUGACAUCUUCCUCCUCCCACCACAACCAUGACUCCCCAGACCACACCUACAUCCCCUCCUCCAAACCCUCAACGCCCGGCCUCAUGAAAUCACCCUGCGGCAACACCUCCGCGCAAGCCCACACUGCCGGGUGCCACUUCGACAUAAUCACCUUCUGCUGGCUCCCAGACCGGUGCUACGACGCCGAACUAUCCUCCUCCUUCGACGACCUCGUCGACUGGAAAUGGUAUCUUGAUAGAAACAAGACACAGCCCGUCCCCAAGGAGGAAGCUCUACGCGGCGAACUAGACGGACUAUAUAAAAUGCACCGCGCGCUGCUGGGACCCGGGAAGGAGGCUAUCGAUACGUAUAUUGCCCCGUAUACACAUACGCAGCAUUGUGGGGAGAUGUUGCUGCAGCGGGGAGAGGGAUAUGCGAUGGAAGAUAUUAAUACACGGAUUCGGGUCAAGUUUCCGGAUUGUGGGAUUGAGUGA